AUGCAUGAAAGCAUCAAGAACAGCACAUGGAGCAGAGACUUCCAACUCAUAGCAUUUUCCAGGUACGCUGGGGUCCAGGUGAUACUUUUCCUUGUGACUUUAUUGAUGUUCCUUCUGGCUACUCUUGGAAAUAUAACUAUUACAGCCCUCAUAUGCCUCACGUCUCAUCUACACACUCCAAUGUACUUCUUCCUAUGUAACUUGUCAGUCCAAGACAUUCUUUAUGUGACCUCCAUCCUUCCAAAGCUAAUGACCAUCACAGCAACGCGUGACACCAACAUUUCUUUCCCAGGAUGCAUUGCGCAAAUGUUCGUGUUUGUUUGUUGUGUCAGUACUGAAUUUUUCCUGUUGGCCUCCAUGGCUUAUGAUCGUUAUGUGGCUAUUUGUAUCCCUCUGCGUUAUUCUCUGAUCAUGAACAAAAGAGCGUGUGCUCUGAUGGCAACUUUCUCAUGGCUUCUUGGCGCCUUAAACUCUGUGAUGUACUCGGCUCUGAUAUCCGAUUUAUCAUUUUGCAAAAUCAAGGAAAUUAAUCAUCUGUUCUGUGAUGUCAAAACUAUAAUGUCAAUCUCUUGCAGUGACAUUAAGAACAUUAGAACCAUAAUGACCGUGGAAGGUGCCCUGUGGGGAUUUGUUCCAUUUAUAUUGAUUUUGAUCUCUUAUGUGUAUAUAAUAUCUACCAUUCUAAGGAUCCGUACCUCCGCAGGAAGACUGAAGACCUUCUCCAGUUGCUCCUCUCAUCUCACUGUUGUCAUACUAUUUUGCGUAACGUCUAUCACUUUGAACAUGAAACCAACCUUGGAGAGUUCUCAAGAGCAGGAUAAGCUCCUCUCAAUGUUAUAUGUUGCUUUGGUUCCCAUGUUAAACCCAUUAGUCUACGUGUUGAGAAAUAAAGAGGUUAUGAAAGCCGUGAACAAAAUCUAUAAACACAUCUGUUUUAAAAGUAAGAAAGGAGUGUGGCCCAUUUGUCGUUUGAGCCCUUGA